AUGUCCGCUCUAUCAUUUCUCUACUCGCAGUUAUUCGUUCGUCUUCCUGUGCCAAAACAUGACUUUACUGGCCAGACUAUUGUCGUCACUGGCGGCAAUGCAGGACUUGGACUAGAAGCUGCGCGGUAUUUCCUAAAUCUGAAUGCAUCUGAAGUUAUCCUGGGGGUACGAAGUUUGGCCAAGGGCGAAAGUGCGGUGCAGGACCUGGAGAACUCUACUGGGCGAACAGGGCAAAUUCGUGUGUUUCAUGUGGAUAUGGAGAACUAUGCAUCAGUCCAGGAGUUUGCUGCCGCUGUUUCUAAACUGCCCAAGGUGGAUGUUCUCAUGCUCAAUGCUGGUAAGAUGGAGCAAAAAUUCUACCUAGCGGAAGAGGAUGAAAGUACAAUCACUGUCAACGUUGUCAGCACCAUGAUGCUUGCAUUACUGUUACUCCCGAAGCUACGUGCCUCAGCCGUUGACAAAGGGCCGAUUCCUCGGCUCUGUAUUGUGGCAUCCGACCGGCACGUCAUGACGAAUUUGCCUCAGUGGAAAACGCCAAAUACAUUUGUGACAUUGCGAAAGGAGACUAAAUCGGGGCCUGAUGAUAGGUACUACGUAUCGAAGCUGCUUCAGGUAUUGUGUAUGCGAGCAUUGGCAGCAGACAUUGCCUCCACAAAUCCUCGAGUCGUUGUCAAUGCCUUUACUCCAGGGUAUUGCCUUACUGGAUUAGUGAACAAAAUGACAGGCUUUUGGGGUUUCCAGUUACAGGUCAUGAAGGUUUUGGCCCGAACAGCCGUGGAAGGAUCCCGGACGUUAAUUCACGCCGCUAGUUUGGGCUGGGAAGGGCAUGGACAGUACCUCAACGACUGCAAGAUUGACGAGGGCGCUUUGUCCAAAUUCGUUAAGAGCGUCGAGGGCGCGCAAGCACAGAAGAAGGUUUGGGGAGAACUCCUGGAGAAAUUGGAAAGAAUUGUACCUGGAAUAUCUGGCAAUAUUUGA